AUGGCCAUGGGUAGUCAGCAACUCAUGGCCGCUAUGCUUUGCGUCGCGUCUAGCCACCGGCUGUCGGUGGGCCUAGAGCAAACAGAAGUGAAUGUCUUUAAGCUGCACGCCGUAUCCGCAAGGCUUCUUCAAGGCGCUAUUUGUUGUGCGACAAGGCCAGAAGUCCUUGUUAUGGCUUUGGCUACGAGCCUCGUGCUCUGCCUUAGCAAUAUCGUGUCCUCGAGCAGCCAUAGUCAAGAGUGGGGAGUCCAUCUGAAAGGAACUUCGGCUCUUAUAAAGCGACUGGACGAGUCUCGCUACAAGUUUGAAAAGUCUACUCGCGUGUUGCUACGGUUCUAUACGUCUUUGACGGCCAUUGCCGCCAGUCGCGUCCAGUCCGACGGUGGCAUGCAAGACUACAUCGAUGACCUUGCGGGGUUUUCCACCUCUCUAAAGCCAAUCAUCGAUGCUAUGCAGACCCUUGACCGAUCGCAUGGGCGGACGGAGGCAGGAUCAACCGACACACAUUCCCACCAUGGGCCCUCCGCUACUGAAUCAUAUCUGGAUCUUGUCACAAAGGUUAACGCCAUGAUUCAACUGCGGACGCUUCAGUUUAGACCAGAAAUAACAGACUCCCUUUCCGACGCAACCAAAUUGGAUUUCUGGCUACUUGAUGAGGCAUAUCAUCACAUGGUUUUGUUACAACUGUACAACCGCAUGGAUUGUGCCGACAUUUCCCUGCAAUAUUCUAUCGGCUUUUCUGUCAAGAGAAUCAUAUCAUGUAUCGGCAGCAUGGAGAUUGUAGCUCGGCCAUGCCCCGGUGUUGCAACUCUGCCUCCUUUGUUUGAAGCUGGCUGUUCAGCCAUCGCCGCCGAAGACAGGACAGAAAUUGCAAGAUUGCUUGAGCAUAUCCGAACUUGCUUUGGCAUGGGUAACGUGGCUUGCACAACAGAAUUUCUCUGGAAUCGAUGGGGCAUUCCGGCCAACCAUAACCGGACACAAGAAAGAAAAACCGUCACAGCUGCCUUCCUCCCCUACUGA